AUGGCUCCGGCCCUGUUGGACGAUUACACCGAGCUGAAGGUCCACUUCUCAAAGACUGAGUGGCUUCAUCUGGAGAGAUGGGAGAAAGUUAGAUAUAAAAACAUUAAGAGAAAUUAUCACGCUAUGGUUGCCAUUGUUCCUUUUUUGCAGUUAAACACCCACUCUCGUGGCAGUAAUGUCCGCAACAGGGCAAGAGUUAUUUACACAGAAGAGGAGGAACCUACAGAUGAAGACUACUUCUACUGUGAGGAGUGCAGAUCUUUCUUCAUUGAGAAGUGUGAGGUUCACGGUCCACCUCACAUCAUCCCAGAUACCCCUGUUCCAGUGGGGGUCACGGAUCGAGCCAGACAGACACUUCCAUCUGGUCUGGAGAUUCAGAAGUCCAGUAUUCAUGAUGCUGGCUUGGGAGUGUUUAACAAGGGUCAGACUGUGCCUGUCGGUGCACACUUUGGGCCCUACCAGGGAGAACUGAUAGACAAAGAGGAGGCCAUGAACAGUGGCUAUUCCUGGGUGAUAUUCAAGAGCAAGCAUUGUGAUGAGUACAUAGAUGCGAAGAGAGAGACUCACUCUAAUUGGAUGAGGUAUGUGAAUUGUGCUCGUAAUGAUGAAGAGCAGAAUCUGGUGGCCUUCCAGUAUCGAGGGGGGAUUCUGUACCGUUGCUAUCGACCCAUCAAAGCAGGUCAGGAGCUCCUGGUGUGGUACGGAGACGAGUACGCCAAAGAUCUCGGCAUCACAUUUGACUACAUCUGGAACAAAAAGUGCUCUGCAAAAGAAAUGAAUGAUGUCCACUUUGAAGUCUUCUCCUGCUCUGAGUGUAAACUUUCCUAUACAGCUCAAAUUUACCUCCAUAAACAUGUCAGGAGAUGUCACCAUGAGGAGUAUGUCAAACUGCUGAAAUCAGGCAAGAUUAAAACUGAGAAUCUGGCACCUAUAAACAGCUUCAGUACUCCACAAAUGUUCUCUGUUACUAGUAUUCUCCAAACACACCAGCGCACUCACACAGGAGAGAAGCCGUAUCACUGCUCAGAGUGUGGGAAGAGUUUUAUUCAGCAGAGUAGUCUUCAACGUCACCAGCGCACUCACACAGGAGAGAAGCCGUAUCACUGCUCAGAGUGUGGGAAGAAUUUUAGUAGACAGAGUCAUCUCCAAACACACCAGCGCACUCACACAGGAGAGAAGCCGUAUCACUGCUCAGAGUGUGGGAAGAGUUUUAUUCAGCAGAGUAAUCUUCAACAUCACCAGCGCACUCACACAGGAGAGAAGCCGUAUCACUGCUCAGAGUGUGGGAAGAAUUUUAGUAGACAGAGUCAUCUCCAAACACACCAGCGCACUCACACAGGAGAGAAGCCGUAUCACUGCUCAGAGUGUGGGAAGAAUUUUAGUAGACAGAGUCAUCUCCAAACACACCAGCGCACUCACACAGGAGAGAAGCCGUAUCACUGCUCAGAGCUGCAAGCCUUCGUGGAGGGAGUGUCCUCAUUUGAGGACGACGCCUCCCUGCAAGCCGCAUUGGGCAGCCUACUUGUUCCGGAGCGGCGCCUCCUGCGCAGAGCCUUGAGAGGUACCUAG